AUGGAAGAAAAAAAAAGGAGUCAAGUAAAGUACUUAGGCGCACUGUGCAUGACAACUAAACGUAAUCAUACUGUAUCAGCAGUGCAUUCGCUUAUCGUUGCAGUAUCAAUAGAGCGGAAGUGGGAAAACGAUGUUACUAAUGACGAUGUACUCUUUAUGGUCACUAAAGGUCACUACAAUCGUGCUAGUAUUACUAUCAUCAUCACUGUGAGGUUCAAAGUACUGCAGACGAAAAGAAUAAAAAGAGAAAAAGGCGCCUAUGUAAAGACCAGCCAGAGACCAUCACAACCAGUGCUUCGAUUUUCUUUCCAUCGAUUCAUUGUGAUUAUAGCACCAGCAGCAGCAACAACAAUUCAUUCCUGUUUCAUUGCUUUGCCAUUAAUUGUUGUCGAGUUAUCCAUGAUGGUCAUGGAGGGCUGGCGUAUCGUGACAUUACUUGGCCUGAUGUUCGAGGAUGAAAUUUAA